ACAAUACGUUCUACCGGAAAUCACUAUGAAAUCAAUUUUCACCAUUUGCACUUUUGCAAUUGUUGCCAUUGCUGGCACUUCCGCCCAUAUACUUUCUCUCGCCAAAAAUGCUGAGAUAUAUUCUGCAAAGGAAUACUUGGUGAGAGCGAUAGUUUCAAACUGUAUGGAUCGCCUUGUGAAUGAAAUUCGGAACAUGAACAACACUCGUGAAGAGCAAAUGGUGAUGGCCACAAUUCUUCCCCCCUUUCCAGACCCUGUUAUCAUUCCGCCCACUGUUAUUCCCGUGGAUAUUAAUCUGGAUUUUGUAAAUCCUCCUGUUACCAUUGCAGGAAAUGUCGAAACGAAGAGCAACUUGGAGAUCACAGGACUCAAUGGGUUGCAAGACAAAUUUGAGUUUAGUAUUAUCGAUGGCAGAUUAAGUUGGGACGUAACCAUCCCCACGAUUUCCGUUUCAGCCAAUGAUUACACUGUAGAACUAGAAAUUAAAGAGGGGGCUACUGUAUCUCAUAAUGUUGCUGGGGGUGGUGCCCUUACGGGGUCGCUUGGAGUUUGA